AUGGCCUUCGCCGCCGCGCUCGCUCUCCUCGUGGCCGCGCCCGCCGUUUUGCUCGCCUCAGCGACGAGUCUCACGGCGCCCAGCAGCACCAGCGGCGUGUCGGGGCGACGCUUCAGCGGAGAGCGACUGCGAGAGGUCCCAGAGCUGCGGUUCACAGGGUGGCGAAGCCGAUGGCAGGAGCGCUGCGAGCGUUGGAUCGUGGUGACCUCCAUCUUCGCGCCCUCGGAGGCCACGCGGAGCCUGGGGGCGAUGACGAAGCAAGGAUGGUGCUUCGUGGUGGUGGCCGACCAGAACGGACCUCAGGCGUUAGAACGGAGCGAGUUAAGCGGACGUGCGGAGGACUACGACGUGGAGGGCGUGAUCUACCUCACGGUGGAACGGCAGAAGGCGCUUCAUUUUCACAUCAUGGACUACCUCCCUUGGCGCCACUUCGGGCGAGUCUCGGUCACCAUCCAUGAGCAAGAAAAGAAGGAACCUCGGAUCCCGAUCCUGGGCGACGAACUGGCGGCCAACGUCUCGUGGCCAGAGGGUGACCCGGGUGGACCCGGGCUGAUGAAUCCAUAUCCCAGCUUUCAACCCAGUUGUGGACACAUGUGGCCCAGAGGCUUUCCGCUGGACUAUGUCCAGGCUCAGGAGACCUUCAACAAGACCAUUGUCGUGAAGACGCUGCAUGGCUUUGUACAGUGCAUGCUUCGCCGCGCCCCGGCGGUGCAACAGUUCUUGGCGGAUGAGGACCCGGACGUGGACGCGAUCUUCCGGCUCACCCGGCGGUUACCUUGUAGCUUUGCGGGCUUGGAUGAAGCUUUACCUCCGGUGAUGGCCAUUCCACCCAGGUCCUUUACGCCUUACAACGCUCAAGCGACGGUGCACCUCUACGACGCCUUCUGGGGUUUGCUGCUGCCGGUCACCGUCCAUGGGCGGGUCUCGGACAUCUGGCGCGCCUACCUCACGCAGAAGUUGCUGUGGGAUGUGGGGCAAGUGAUCACCUUCACUCCGGCGCACGUGGUGCAUGAUCGGGUGGCGCACGACUAUUUGAAAGACUUCCAAAGCGAAGGCGAUUUGCAGCUGAAAUCCACUGCCAUGGUGGAGUUCCUGUCGCGGUGGAGUUCCUCGGCGCCCUCACUGCUGGAACGCCUCGAAGAGCUUUGGGCUGAGCUUUAUGCGAGACACUUCGUCGAGCUGGGCGAUUUGAGGCAGGAACGGGUGACGUGUUUGGGCAGAGGAGGCGGACUGGAGCGGAGUGUCGUUGAAGAGGUGGCUUUUGAAAGUGGGAUUCUAUGUUCUUCUGCGAAACGAAGUCUGGCCUCAGCCUCAGCUUGUUUUGAGCGAGCGAAGGGCAUCAGCCCUUCUUGGGGCCAUCCCUUGGAUUUGGUGAGGCGUUCGCUUGUGACGCUAAUUUGGUCGUUUUUUCUUCGGCUCAAGAGUAGUUAA